AUGGCUGCUCUAUUUACUGUCCCAAUCACAUCAACUGGGGGCUCGAUCAUCUGCACGAACCCUAGCGCAGCAAAAGAACAUGAGAACAUCUAUGUGCUCACAUUUACAUCGCCAAAAGAUAACCGGUUGACCCCUAUCUUUAUUGAUGCACUGCUACUGGUGCUCGACAUUAUCGAGCAUCGCUACCCCAAGGGCGUUGUUGUCACCACAAGUGGGAUCGCCAAGUUCUACAGUAAUGGCCUUGACCUCGAGCUUGUGAGCAGUACUGAAGGCUUCCUCGAAAAUUGGCUAUGGAGACUGUUCCGACGAUUCUUGACAUACCCAAUGCCAACCGUCUGUCUUCUGAAUGGACACGCCUUUGCAGGUGGUUUUAUGCUGGCGAUGUAUCACGACUACCGGAUCAUGAACCCAGACCGCGGCUUCUUGUGUGUCAAUGAACUGGAGUUCGGUGUCCCACUUCAGACCCCAAUGAUGGCCAUCUUCCGUGAGAAGUUGGCACCCAUCACCUUCCGAAACGUCGUUCUGGAAGCUCAUCGUUUUGGUGGACGCGAUGCCCUUCAAGCUGGCAUUGUGGACGCUGUUGGCGGAAUUGAGGAGACCCUUUCCUUGAUCCAAGGACGCAAGCUCCAGACCAAGGCUGCAACGGGCAUCUAUGGAACCAUGAAGGAGGAGAUGUAUGCUCGGACUUUGAACGGUCUGGAUGAUCACGCUGGCAACCUGAAGUGGCGCGAAAAUGUCGAAGACAAGAAUGAGUCUGUUGCUAAGAAGGGUCUGGAGGGUGUGGUCAAAUUUGAGAAGCAGAACGCGAAGCUUUGA